UGGAGCUGCUCGGUCCCGGUGGAGCCGCCCGGUCCUGGUGCCCCGGUCCCGGUGUCCCCCCCGCCGCGGGCCAUGCGCUGCGUCCUGAUCGCCAGCACCGCGGCCGAGCUGCUCUUCUACUGGGCCGAUGCCGCCUUCCUCCGCCGGCUGCGGUCCCACGCCGGGCAGGUGGGGCGGGACGGGCGGCGCGGGGAAGGGAGCGUGGGGUGCGCGGUCGCGCGUGGGCGCUGACCGGGAGAGUGUGGCGCAGGGCCCGGCGCUGGAGGACAGCCUCAACACCCUCUUCGCCCCCCUCAUCAUUUCCUCCGCCGCGCUGCUGGAGAAGCUCUCCGACACCUAUACCUGCUUCGCCACCGAGGGCGGGCGGCACCUCCACGUCCUGCACAUGUUCGGGGACUGCCUGUACAUCGCAGUGAACGGCGACGGGACGCAGAGCGAGGACGACCUGCGCCGGACGCUCUUCGUGCUGCGGCGCUUGGUGGAGGCUCACUGUGGCCUCGUCACGCUCGACUCGCACCUCAUCCGCAAGGAGUUGCGGCCGGCUGAUUCGGAGCAGCGGGAGCGCGUGUGGAGCCUGCUGCGGGGCCUGCUGGAGACCUACAGCCACCUGCGGGAGGAGGACCAGAGCUUUGCAGUGGAGGCCGUGGAGCGGCUGAUCCAUCCUCAGCUGUGUGAGCAGUGCAUCGAGUUCCUGGAGCGACAGGUGGUACAGUACAUCAACACCAGCCCCGAGCGUGGUGGGGAUGAAGUGGGCCAUGCUUUCCUCCUGGUACACACCAAGCUGCUGGCCUUCUACUCCAGCCGCAACGCCAGCUCCAUCCGCCCUGCCGACCUGCUUGUCCUCAUCCUCCUGGUUCAGGACCUGUACCCCAGUCAGAGUGCUGAGGAGGAGCUUGGCCCACAGCCCACAGCAGGGAAUGUCCUCCCUCAGGGACCCAAGAGAAGUGAGAGCAUCCCUGUGAGUGGCCCUGGCUCCCAUGGAGCUGCUGAGAAGGACUCAGAUGACCAAGACACAGACGAUCUCUCCAUGCCUGAGGUGUACUACACACCUGAGCCCUCGCCAGGCCGGCACAGUACAGGCAGCGAGAGCUGGUCAGAGGGUGCUGAGAUGCUGAGUGUCGGGGAGGUGGAUGCUGCAGACGUCCAGAUGGCAGAGGACUUGCUCCAGACCUUAGGGCCUCUGGUCCCUGAAGCUUCCAACCCCAGAAGGAUCUUUCUGGAUGCCAGCUUGCGGGAAGGUUACUGCCCCUUGCUGCCACACACCAUGCACUGCCUCCCGCUCUGGCCAGGCAUCUCCCUUGUGCUACUGACCAAGGGCCCCAUGACCCAGGUGGCCAUCACCUUGUACCAACUGCUGGAUGGUUUCUUGGUGCUGGAGAAGAAGCUGGAAGAGGGACCAGAGGUGGGAGUCGCACGCUCCUACCCAUUCCUCGCUGAGCUACGGCAGCGCAUGGACAAAUUUGUGAAGAAGCUGAGUGGACAGGACAUCCAGUUGCAGAACACCUGGUUAGACUUUAAGAACAAGAUAUUUUCACGGAGUGAACCUGGGAGCUCCCUAGAGCUGCUGCAGUCAGUGGCCAAUGUGAAGCGUCAGCUCUGCUCCGUGUACCGCCAGCUCUUCCUGACCUCUGCUGGCCACAGCCUGUCCCAAGGGCUGCGGGACCGUGCUCAGAAAUUGAUGAGGGAGAAGCUGCUGGACUGGCGGGACUUCCUGCUAGUGAAGAGCAGGCGCAAUAUCACCAUGGUGUCGUACCUGGAGGACUUCCCUGGCCUGGUGCACUUCAUCUAUGUGGACCGCACAGCUGGACAAAUGAUGGCACCAUCACUCAGUGUGACAGAGAAGUCCAGCUCAGAGCUGGGCAAGGGUCCCCUGGCCACCUUCAUCAAGAAAAAGGUCUGGUCCCUGAUCACACUGGCCCGGCGAUACCUACAGAAGGGCUAUACAACGCUGAUGCUGCAGGAUGGUGACUACUGCUGCUCCUACUUCCUCUGGUUUGAGAAUGAAAUGGGCUACAAGCUGGAGGUGAUGGAGGUACCUGUCCUGUCUGAUGAUUCUGCUCCCAUUGGGAUGCUUGCAGGGGACUACUACAGGAAGCUGCUGCGUUACUACAGCAAGAACCACCAGGCAGAGGUAGUGAAGUGCUAUGAGCUGCUGACCCUGCACCUGGGCAUCAUCCCCUCCGAGCUUGUGGUCCAGCAGGCCUACGACUUGGCCCGGCGCCUCUGGGAGCCAUCCCGCAUCCCUCUGCUCUGAGCUGCCUCCAGCCACCCUGGGGCCGGGAUUAAAGGCACAACGGGCUGGUGGCAGUGAGUACCUAGAGUGGCGUGCUGCCUCUCCUCCAUCCACAGGGGACAGCAAGGGACUGGGAAGGGUCUGCGCUGUGAGCAAGGGAGGGCUUUGGUGGCAGUGUCCAUGGGGCUGGGGCUCCCACAGGCCCUCCCUAGUGAGGGGGGCACCGUGUGCAAGAGGGUGCUCACGUUGGCAGUGACCUGCUGGAGGGAUGGGCAGUGUGGCCGUGCUCCCCACAGG